GUUGAAAACGCGUUUCAAUCUUAUUUGGCCUCGAAAACGCAGGCCUUUUAUUCAAAAGGUAUUUUUGAUCUACCAAAUAGAUGGAAAAAAGCUAUUGCUUCAAAUGGUGAUUAUUUCGUUGAUUGAAUUAGGCGUUUAUUUAAAUAAAAUUGAUUGUAAAACAACAAUCAAAUUUCUUGCAAAACUUUCUGAUCAUCCUAAUAUUAUCUCUUGGUUAUCACCUUUUUGGAACUUAUUCAAUAAGAUAAAGGAUGACCUUCGAACUGAUCUGAUCGCCGACCUCGGGUUGUAAGAUCUCAAGAUGCUCUAUUGGUUGGUUUCAGAUUUUGUCUAGAGUUAACCGUUACACUCUUUAGAACAUGGGUCUAAUUAUGGAUUUAAAUUCAAUUGAAAAAAAGCUACCUGUAAAUCCCACUGAGAUUACAUUGAAAUGGUAAACCAGAAUUUCAAUUGAUUAUAUUCAGGAAAAUCAUCAUGACUUGCGCAUAUGAGUAAAUCUCCUGGUACAUCGAUUGAGUUAUAACAUUUAUCGCUUUCCAACUGAAACCUGAAGAAUUAUCAGUUCUGAUGAAAAGAAUGCUAAAAAAAGAAUUCGAAUCCAUUGAGAUAUUUUCUGUUGAUUAAUUAGUCAUUUUAUAUUCUGUGUAAAAAUUAAAAUAAUAUUGUAAUCAAAUCACUUGAUGGAUCCCACAAUCUAUGUAAUAUUAAUGAGUGAAUUUUUUGAUAAUAAAGUGAAACAAUCAAUAUUUUAUCAGUGUUCCAAUCCAUGAUUUCUGGAUAAUAACUUGUUGCUUUUACGUUACACGAAUUUAAUUGUUUGAAAAACUUUUCUUAAAUUGUGAUUAGUUGAUGAUUAAAGUUAAUCAGUGCAACACAUUGUGAAACAUAUUGUAAUUACAAUAAUGUCAUGGUUGUUUUUAAUUUAUAGUUCAUAUACAAGUUUACAAUCAAAUGAAAUUAAUUAUGAAAUUGAUUACAAUACUUCAGAGAUACUCAAUGAAAUUGCUGAUGAUCCAGCUAAUUGUAGUAAUACAAUUAACAAUAAUAGUAAUAAUAAUAACAAUAAUAACAAUAAUAAUAACGGACUGUCUCUCAUUUCAAGUGAAACAAUACCAAUUGAAGUUGAUGGUAAAAUAUAUUGUUCACCAACAUGGGAUCGGAUCUCUUGUUGGCCUUUGACCCUCGCCAAUGACAUUGCUGUGAUUCCUUGUUUUGCUGAAUUAAAUGAAGUACCUUAUGAUACCAAUCAAAAUGCUACUCGAAUGUGUCUUCCGAACGGUUUUUGGGCUGGAAAAUCUGAUUACACCAAAUGUAAAGCACUGACUCAAGAAAUUACCCAAAAUUUUAACGAAAUCACUGAUCUUUCCGAUGCUUCAGUUGUGUAUUAUUUUGGUUAUGGAUUAUCAAUCGUAGCUCUGUUCAUUGCCUUGGGGAUAUUACUAACCUUUAAAGACUUACGAUGUAUUCGGAAUACAAUACAUAUAAAUCUCAUGUUAUCUUACAUGUUUCACGCUCUAACAUGGAUCGCAACUGCUACACUUCAGGAUAAUUCUUUGGUUGCUGCUUACAAGAUUUCAUUUCAUGGUGUCUGUUUCUUGUACAUCCUUUUAACCUAUUUCACAGCGACCAGUUUUUUCUGGAUGUUCUUGGAAGGACUUUAUUUGUACAUACUUGUGGUUCGAACCUUCAGCAUCGAAAGAAUCAACGUAAUCCUAUUCUCACUCAUAGGUUGGGGUUUUCCAGCUAUUCUGGUCACUCUCUGGUCACCAAUAAAAUACCUGUACCCAAACCAGGAAGAUGAAGACUCAAUACCAGUGACAUCAAAAAGUUUCAAUUGUCCAUGGCAGGUAAUUAAUAUUAUCGACCUGAUCUACAUUUGUCCAAUAUAUAUUGUCCUAUUAGUAAACCUAUUCUUCCUUGGUGUUGUUAUCUACGUUCUGGUGACCAAAACAAGAGCCUCAGAAACUUCACAAGAAUUUCAACAAUAUCGGAGAGCCGUUAAAGCCUUGCUGGUAUUAACCCCACUUCUUGGCAUUGCUUAUAUUUUACUCUUGGUAACCCCUGAUUCCAAUAAUGCUAAAAUCAUCUACACUUAUAUUCAUGCAACUCUCAAUUCAACUCAGGGAUUCACUGUUGCUGUUUUAUAUUGUUUUCUUAAUUCAGAGGUUCGAAAUUCACUUCGAUAUCAUAUUGAACGUUGGCGAAAUGUACGAACACUAAGACAUGGAGAUUAUCCACUUCCCGUUCAUAGAACCUUUUCAACUCGAAGUCGAGGUCGAAAAAGUGAAUAUCGAUUGAAAUAUACUUCGUCAUUUAAUCAUCACAAUCAAACUUGUUACAAUUCAACCUCAAGUUAUAAUUCAUCAAGAGAAUUGUCAACUUCUCUAUCACCUUUACCACCUAUAUCACCGAUUCCUCCUACAAACGCAAUCGUCCAGCCAAAAUUGACCCCAAAGGUGAACGGGUUAUCCAACCCUCAAAAAAUAGUAAAGCCAAAUCAUCAACAUUCAUCCGUAAACAAUCAACUAAUUAUGAUAAAUCAACAAGCAAACGAAAUGUUUAUGAAGAGUAUCUUUAAGAUGUAGAUAUCGAUAGGUACUCACAAGAAUUACCAACAAUCAGUCAACAAUUAAGCUUAAUCACGACGUCAAGUGAAGACUUUUAUUCCUAAAUCAAAGCUAUUUAAUUGUACAAUCAAUGUAACAAUUUAAUCAUUCUCCUUUCCUUCAACCAAACUAAAUUGCUAUGUGCCUGAAAAUGAAGACAAUUAACUUAAUCAAUACACUAUAUGACCAUUUCUAUCACUAUUUAAUUAUUUAACACUACAGAUUGAAACAAAUUACUACGUUGAUUAAUAUAUUUAAUUACAUUUCCUUAAGCAAAAUUAUUAUCUAAUGUAAUAAAAUGAUGAUUACUAAUCAAUUUUAGAUCAACAACCUUGGUCCAAUUUAAUUGUUAUUGUUGU